GCUGUAUCCACCGAUAACUUCUCAACUGAACUGUACUGAAGCUUGAAGAGGACGUAACAAACACUCUGCGCUAUGUCUUGCCAUUGGAAAAGUGGAUCUGUUAGAUCAUCAGCAUGUGGCAGUGUUUCUGGCAGUAGAGUGAGUAGCCUGACGGCAGAAUGGGUCAAGGGAUCAGAACAUCAUUCCUCCCUAAAUUUCCAUUCAAACGAUGGCCUCCUACAAGGUGGUGGGGAAAAGGAGGCCAUGCAGAGCCUGAACAUCCGUCUGGCCUCUUACCUGGACAAAGUACGAGCACUGGAGGAAUCCAACGCUGAUCUGGAAUUAAAGAUCAAGGAAUGGUACAUUAAACACCAGCCACAUACUGUACCAGCUGAUUACAGCCAGUACUUCCGCAUCAUUGAAGAACUCAAAUGCAGGAUUCUGGCAGAGACCACUGAAAAUUCAAGAAUUGUACUACAGAUUGAUAAUGCCAAACUGGCAGCUGAGGACUUCAGAGUUAAGUAUGAGAGUGAAUUGUGCCUUCACCGCAGUGUUGAAUCAGACAUUGCUGGUCUACGUAGAGUGUUGGACGAACUGAACUUCGCUAAAUGCAAUCUGGUGCCUCAGCUCGAAAGCUUGAAGGAAGAGCUGGAAUGCCUGAAGAAGAAUCAUGAAGAGGAAAUGAAGGCUUUGAGUGGGCAAAAGGGAGACAUUAAUGUUGAAAUGGACGCUGCUCCUGGAAUCGAUCUAAGCAAACUCCUGAAUGACAUGAGAACACAGUAUGAAGUGAUUGCAGAGCAGAACAGACAGAAGGCUGAAGAGUGGUUCCAUGAAAAGAGUUCCGAGCUGAACAAGGAGAUCUCUCAUAGUAGUGAAAUGGUGGAAUGUCAUAAGACACAGCUGACCGAACUGAGACGAACCGUUCAAGAACUGGAAAUUGAACUUCAGGCACAAUUUGCAAUGAAAAAAUCCCUUGAGUGCUCCCUGGCAGAGACAGAACGUUGUUAUAGUACGCAACUGGCACAACUUCAGGUUUACGUAGGAAAUCUGGAAGAGCAACUAAGUCAAGUCCGCGCUGACUUAGAACGCCAGAACGCAGAAUACAAAGUCCUCCUAGACAUCAAGACACGUCUGGAAAUGGAGAUUGAGACAUACCGUAGACUUCUUGAUGGAGAACCAUGGCAACAUAGAGAGAUUCCAGCCCAUGUGAAAGAGUCAAACAAGACCAGGAAAGUCACAACAAUCGUUGAAGAAGUGGUAAACGGAAAAAUCGUGUCACAGAAAGUGAAUGCAACCGAAGAGAAGCUGAAACAUUAAGAAACAAACGUCAACACAUGUAAAAUAAUGUUAUUAAUACGUUGCUGUAUAUGUAAGAAUGCAAAAUAUGCAGCAAUUAUUUGCCAUGAAGUUGCUUAACGCAACAGGGAAAUGGGUGCAUCUAUCUGCUUUCAAUCUCAAAUAAACUUUAUCAAGCAAGUAA